AUGGUAGAGGAGAAGGUGGAGGAGGAAAUGGUAAGGGAGAAGGUCGAAGAGGUAAUGGUAGAGGAGAAGGUGGAAGAGGUAGAAGUGGAAGAGAAGAACGUGGAAGAGGAAGUGGUAGAGGAGGAAAUGGUAAGGGAGAAGGUGGAAGAGGAAAUGGUAAGGGAGAAGGUGGAAGAGGAAAUGGUAGAGGAGAAGGUGGAUGUGGAAAUGAGCGCCUCGGAGAUCGUUUUGUCUCCAGAUAAUAAUGUCGGAGAAAAACGCACCUGGAAUGGAAACAGACUUUGUAGACUAGGCCGUAGAGACAGACCAGUGGCCAAAAAAAUCCAUCCGAGACUCCACAGUACGGACGGAUCCCGCAACCUCCCGAAUCCCGAGAGAUCUUCUGCCGGUUCUGAUAUCGGCGCACAGGAGGACAAGUCACUUGCCAACUCUGGGUUCAGUGAAACACCUAAGCCAUCUAUUAAGACAAAUAGACUUGAGCCUCUGAAUACGUGCUCAGAGUGCGGGAAAGGCUUCAGCCGAAAGAGAGACCUUAUCGCACAUCGGAGAAGUCACACGUGUUCAGAGUGCGGGAAAAGUUUUACUCAGAAGGCAUACCUUCUAAAACACCAGCGAUGUCAUACGAGUGAACAGUGUGGGAAAAGUUUCACGCAGAAAAGGCCGCUUCUGAUACACCAGAAAAUUCACAAAGGCGAGCUUCCGUUUUUAUGUUCAGAGUGCGGAAAGUGUUUCACCUCGAAAGGAAGCCUUCUGACACAUCAGAGGUGUCACACAGGCGAGCGCCCUUUUUCAUGUUCAGAGUGCGUGAAGAGUUUCAUUCAGAAAGUAGACCUUAUUGCACACCAGAGAAGUCACACAGGUGAGCGUCCUUUUGCCUGCGGAGAGUGCGGGAAAAGUUUAACUCAGAAAAGACUUCUUUUUAUGCACCAGAGAAGUCACACGGGGGAGCGUCCUUUUUCAUGUCCAGAGUGCGGGAAAAGUUUCUCUCAGAGGGGCGGAAAUCUGACGAUCACGAAGCGCCUUGGUGUCGCGCCUCUUAUGGAUGAGGGGGGGUUGUGGAUCGCGACUGCGGAGGCUUCUCAGUCAGUGGAACCCUGGUUUCACUCUCGACUUAACGGAGACUUAAAGGAGAACUACGGGUCAAUUUCCCUUAUCACUGAUAUGGAGGUCAUCAUCAUCAUCAUCAUCCGCGGCUUACAGACUACGUCGGUGUCAUGUGAUGACAGUGUCCCCUUUGGUGGUCUGUGCGGAAGGAACGUCUUUGCAAUGGAGGGGGAGAUGAUGGUGAAGAGUGAGCAGGAGGAAUCUUCUCUACAUACGGACACAAAUGUACAGAAGUGGAAUAUAAAGACAUCGGAGGGACGUCUUAUUAUAUCUCCAGACGGUGAAGCAGAAGACGGCGACAUUGCGCAACAUUCUCCCAAAGUCAAUUCUUCCCCUUCAGAGAGAUCGAUGGAUCCGUCCAAUCCUGAGGAACCUUCUGAUCAAUCGCGUCACAUGACCUCAGAUGUCCAUCAAGGUCCUCACAGUGCGGAGAGAUCAAGAGGUCCUUCUAAUCCUGAGGAACCUUCUGUAAGCCCUGAAGGAGAUCACACAGGAGAGCGGCCGCAUUCAUGUGCAGAGUGCGGGAAAUCUUUCAAGGAGAGAAGAUCGCUUCUCCUGCACCAGAGAAUCCACACGGACGAACGUCCCCAUUCAUGUUCAGAGUGUGGAAAAGGUUUCAGACAGAAAGGACACCUUCUUCAACACCUAAGAAUUCACACCGGUGAGCGACCAUAUUCAUGUUCCGAGUGUGGGAAAAGUUUUGCAGAAAAAACAACAUUUGAUAGACACGAGAAAAGUCACACGGGCGAACGUCCCCAUUCAUGUUCAGAGUGCGGAAAAGGUUUCAUUCAGAAAGGAGAACUUCUUAAACACCAGAGAAGGCACACUGGUGAGCGACCAUAUUCGUGUUCCGAGUGCGGGAAAUGUUUUGCAGAAAAAACAACACUUCACAGACACGAGAAAAGUCACAGGGGCGAACGUCCCCAUUCAUGUUCAGAGUGCGGAAAAGGUUUCAGCCAGAAAGGACACCUUCUUCAACACCUAAGAAUUCACACCGGUGAGCGACCAUAUUCAUGUUCUGAAUGCGGGAAAUGUUUUGCAGAAAGAAAAACAUUUGAUAGACACGAGAAAAAGCACACGGGUGAACGUCCCCAUUCAUGUUCAGAGUGCGGGAAAGGUUUCAUUCACAAAGGAGAACUUCUCAAACACCACAGAAGUCACACUGGUGAGCGACCAUAUUCGUGUUCGGAAUGCGACAAAUGUUUCACUCAGAGAAGUAGCCUUGUUGCACACCAGAAAAUCCACACAGGAGAGAGUUCAUUGUCAUGUCCAGAGUGCGGGAAAUCUUUCAAGCAGAGAAGAUCACUUCUCCUGCACCAGAGAAUCCACACAGUUUUGUACCCAUUUUUAUGUUCGGAGUGUGGAAAAUGUUUCACUGACAAAAGAAAUCUUAUUGAACACCAGAGCAUUCACACAGGUGAGCGCCCCUAUUCGUGUCCAGAGUGCGGGAAAUUUUUCAAGCAGAAAACGCACCUUCUGCACCACCAGAAAAUCCACACAGGUGAGCGGCCAUAUGCAUGUUCGGAGUGCGAGAAACGCUUCUCCAAGAAAGGAAAUCUUCGAAAGCACCAGAGACUUCACACGGGUGAUCGCCCCCAUUCAUGCACAGAGUGCGGAAAAGGUUUCACUGAGAAAGGCAAACUUCUUGAACACCACCGAAUUCACACGGGGGAGCGCCCCUUUUUGUGUACAGAGUGCGGAAAAAGUUUCGCUCAGAAGGGAAAACUUCUUCAACACCACAGAAUUCACACGGGUGAGCGCCCCUAUUCGUGUUUGGAGUGUGGGAAAUGUUUUAUCAGCAGAGGAUGUCUUCGUAACCACCAAAGAAUUCACACGGGUGAGCUUCCUCAUUUAUGUUCAGAGUGCGGAAAAUCUUUCCGUCUGAAAGAUAGCUUUAUCAAACACAAGAGGAUUCACACGGGCGAGCGCCCGUAUUCAUGUUCAGAGUGUGGGAAAUGUUUCACAAAGAAAGCUACCCUUGUUAAACACCAAAGAACUCACGCCUGUGAGAAUCUCUAUUCCUGUUUAGAGUGUGGAAAAGGUUUCACUGAGAGAAACAAACUCCUUGCACACCAGAAAGAUCACAAAGCUCAGUGUCCAUUUUUAUGUCCAGAAUGUGGAAAAUCUUUCACUCACAAAUUAAAAUUGAUUGCACACCAGAGAAUUCACAGCGCUGAGCGUCCUUAUUCAUGUUCAGAGUGCGGGAAAUGUUUCUUGGAGAGAGGAAAACUCCUUCAGCACCAGAGGGUUCACACAGGGGAGCGUCCCUAUUCAUGUUCAGAGUGUAGCAAAACUUUUAUCAAAAUAGGAGAUCUUCAUCGACACCAGAAAAUCCACUCGGGCGAGCGUCCUUAUUCGUGUUCAGAGUGCGGGAAGAGUUUCUUCGAGAGAGGAAAACUUCACCAGCACCAGAAGAUUCACACGUGCGAGCGUCCCUAUUCUUGCUCAGUGUGUGGCAAAAGUUUCAUUCAGAAAGGAGAUCUUCAUCGACACCAAAAGAUUCACACGGGCGAGCGUCCUUACUCGUGUUCAGAGUGCGGGAAAGGUUUCAUUCAGAAAGGAGACCUCGUUCACCACAUGAGAACACACACCAAGGAGCGCCCUCGCUCUCUUCAAAACACCUCCAUCAUCCUCUCCACCAAUACGGAUCCGGGAAGUCAGAGAUACAACCCCGGGAACCAUUGUAACCUCCGCCAGCCUCAGAUUCUCCGAGGGGAGGAGACACCCCAAAUGUCAGCAGAGAAGCGGGACGGCCGUCACAGAAUACAGGAAAGUGUUUCACUGUCGACAGGUGAGGAUCGGGGGAAUAUGAAAGCCGAGAGUAAAGCAGAAGAAGAGUGGGAGGCGAUCGACGUGAGGUCUAAUCACCAGCCAAUGGAGGAGGCUGGGAUGAUGAUAAUGAUGACUGAAAAAGAGGAGGAGUCUUCUCCGGAUAUCACCAAAGAUGAAUCCAGUGACGAAGAGCCACCAGAGAGAUGUCCCCGUCCUCUGUAUCCCCGGGAUUCCACCCAGAACGACCACACCCUCCUCCACCAUGAUCAGGGUGAAGAAAUGGAAGACAUCACAGUUGAGGUUAUAAUAGAAGAAGAAGACGAAGAGGAGACGUUGGUGGGUGGAGCUCAGCAGUCCAUGGAGGAGGGGGAGAUGGAAAGUGAACAGGAGGCAUCUUCUCUACGUACGGACACAAACAGAGAUCCUCACAUCUUUACUGUUCAUAGACUGUCAUCGAUAUACCUCCACCACCUUCUAAUGUUCCCGACAAAUGAGGUGGAGGGUGAGGAUCGGGGGAAUAUGAAAGCCGAGAGUAAAGCAGAAGAAGAGGAGGAGGCGAUCGACGUGAGGUCUAAUCACCAGCCAAUGGAGGAGGCUGGGAUGAUGAUAAUGAUGACUGAAAAAGAGGAGGAGUCUUCUCCGGAUAUCACCAAAGGUGAGUGUGAAUGUUAUAUACACAACUGA